UUAUUCUGGUGGGUGACGCCGCGCCGCGGUGACGUCACCCCGCUUCCCGUCUCCACCCGUUGGCAGCCAUGAUGCAGGAAGGGCUGGACGACGGACCCGACUUCCUCUCCGAGGAGGACCGGGGAUCGCGGGCGGUGAACGUGGAUCUGCAGACAGACGCCACGCUACAGGUCGACAUCUCCGACGCCCUGAGUGAGAGAGACAAGGUCAAGUUCACAGUCCACACCAAGAGCACGCUGCCAAACUUCAAGCAGAACGAGUUCUCGGUGGUUCGACAGCAUGAGGAGUUCAUCUGGCUGCACGACUCGUUCGUGGAGAACGAAGAGUACGCAGGAUACAUCAUCCCCCCCGCCCCCCCCAGACCAGACUUUGAUGCAUCCAGAGAGAAGCUGCAGAAACUGGGGGAGGGAGAAGGAUCCAUGACCAAGGAGGAGUUCACCAAGAUGAAGCAGGAGCUGGAGGCCGAGUACCUGGCGAUCUUUAAGAAGACGGUGGCGAUGCACGAGGUCUUCCUGUGUCGCGUGGCCGCUCAUCCUGUCCUGAGGAAAGACCUGAACUUCCACGUCUUCCUGGAGUACAACCAGGAUCUGAGCGUCCGAGGGAAGAACAAGAAGGAGAAGCUGGAGGAUUUCUUCAAGAACGUGGUGAAGUCUGCUGACGGCGUCCUGGUGGCCGGAGUCAAGGACGUCGACGACUUCUUCGAGCACGAAAAGACAUUUCUGUUAGAAUAUCACAACCGGGUGAAAGACGCUUCAGCCAAAUCCGACAGAAUGAUCCGCUCGCACAAAAACGCAGCAGACGACAUCAACAGAAUGGCGUCGUCUCUCUACGCGUUGGGGACGCAGGACGCCACCGACAUCUGCAAGUUCUUCCUGAAAGUGUCGGAGCUGUUUGAGAAAACCAGGAAAAUCGAAGCUCGAGUUGCAGCAGAUGAAGAUCUGAAACUCGCCGACCUCCUGAAGUAUUAUCUGAGAGAGUCACAGGCUGCCAAGGACCUGUUGUACCGGAGGAGUCGAUCCCUGGUGGACUAUGAAAACGCCAACAAGGCUCUGGACAAAGCUCGAGCCAAGAACAGAGACGUUCUGCAGGCGGAGACGAGUCAGCAGCUCUGCUGCCACAAGUUCGAGAAGAUCUCUGAGUCGGCCAAGCAAGAACUCAUAGACUUUAAGACGAGACGAGUGGCGGCGUUCAGGAAGAACCUGGUGGAGCUCGCUGAGCUGGAGCUCAAACACGCCAAGGGGAACCUCCAGCUGCUGCAGAGCUGUAUGGGCGUCCUCAAAGGCAACACUUAACUGUUACGAGCCCGCCCCCAACCGAACGACACGCCCCAUCGUCGUAGUCCCGCCCCCCUGAAAACACCACUGUGGGGGCGGAGCCUGGACGUACGGACGACUCAGAGAGACCAGAGAGAGAGAACCUGACAGGAAGUCUGUCGUCUUCAUCACUCACCAGACACCGUCCUCUUCACCAUCAGCCUCCUCACUCGUCCUCUCACUGGACGCCCGACCCGGUCCCACUGGUCCAGGUUCUGGUCCCUCUGGUCCAGAACCUGCUCUCUGUCCUUCUGUCUGUUACCGGGUCGUUAACGUCUCUGUCUCUUCAUGUUCUCUGUCACUCUUCAUCUUUAUCUUGUCUGUGUCCAGUCAUAGUCACAUUCUGGUGAGUGAGUGAGUGUGCGUGUGUGCGCACGCGCGCUGUUUUAUUGUGAAGGUGAACAUCCUGUGCUCCAGCUCUCGGUUUCUCUUCUUAUUGAAGUCACUAAAUUAAAAAAAAGCCUUGUGAACUAAUGAACUCUCUUCAUCAUCAUCUUCUUCAUCACUAACUGUAGCUUCUGGUUCUGGAGUCGGACUCUUCUUCUUCUUGUGGUUCCGGUCGUCGUCAGUUUCGCCUCAACAUCGACGAGUCGCUGUGAAGUCGACGCUUUGUAAACUUUCACUGUACAUGAAUGUUUUUCACUCUGUGACCAAAAGAGACAAGGACACAAAUAAACUGACGAGAAGAACAAA